UCUCAGCGCGGGGCGGCCGUCCGCCCACGUGGUGCGGCUCCACGGCCAUCUUUGUGCGGGGCUGAGCUUCCGCCCGCUCGCGCUGCAGCCGGGACUCGGCAGUGGGUGGGCUGGCGAUGGAGCGGUGGUUGCGCUCCCAGCUUCGGUUGUGGCUGCUGUUGCUACUCCUGACCCCGGUGCCGGGCCGCCAGAAGGAGUCAGGUUCAAAAUGGAAAGUAUUUAUUGACCAAAUUAACAGGGCUUUGGAGAUUUAUGAACCAUGUUCAAGUCAAAACUGCAGCUGCUACCAUGGUGUCAUAGAAGAGGAUCUGACCCCUUUCCGAGGAGGUAUCUCCAGGAAGAUGAUGGCGGAGGUAGUCAGACGGAAGCUAGGGACCCACUAUCAGAUCAUUAACAACAGAUUAUACCGAGAAAAUGACUGCAUGUUCCCCUCAAGGUGUAGUGGUGUUGAACACUUUAUUUUGGAAGUUAUUGGGCGCCUCCCUGACAUGGAGAUGGUGAUCAAUGUACGAGAUUAUCCUCAGGUUCCUAAAUGGAUGGAGCCUGCCAUUCCAGUCUUCUCCUUCAGUAAGACAUCAGAGUACCAUGAUAUCAUGUAUCCUGCUUGGACAUUUUGGGAAGGAGGACCCGCUGUUUGGCCAAUAUAUCCUACCGGUCUUGGACGGUGGGACCUCUUCAGAGAAGACCUGGUAAGGUCAGCAGCACAGUGGCCAUGGAAAAAGAAAAAUUCCACAGCAUAUUUCCGAGGAUCAAGGACAAGUCCAGAACGAGAUCCUCUCAUUCUUCUAUCUCGGAAAAGUCCAAAACUUGUUGAUGCAGAAUACACCAAAAACCAGGCCUGGAAAUCUAUGAAGGAUACCUUGGGAAAGCCAGCUGCUAAGGAUGUCCAUCUUGUGGAUCACUGCAAAUACAAGUAUCUGUUUAAUUUUCGGGGUGUAGCUGCAAGUUUCCGGUUAAAACACCUCUUUCUGUGUGGUUCACUUGUUUUCCAUGUCGGUGACGAGUGGCUGGAAUUCUUCUAUCCACAGCUGAAGCCGUGGGUUCACUAUAUCCCAGUCAAAACAGAUCUCUCCGACGUUCAGGAGCUGUUGCAGUUUGUAAAAGCAAAUGAUGAUGUAGCUCAAGAAAUUGCUGAAAGGGGAAGCCAGUUUAUUCUGAACCACUUGCAGAUGGAUGACGUCACCUGUUACUGGGAGAACCUGUUGACUGAAUACUCUAAAUUCCUGUCCUAUAAUGUAACAAGAAGGAAAGGCUAUGAUCAGAUUAUUCCCAAAAUUUUGAAAACUGAACUCUAGUAGUCAUCAUCGAGCCAUAGUCCUCUCUAUGGCAGCAGAUCUCAGACAUCCUGUGGUGAGAAGCUCACUGUGAGUGUGACACCUAUACCUUGGAUACUAUUACCAAGCCAAAUAUCUGGUUUUCCUUAUCAUGCUGCACCAAGAGCAACUUUCGAGAAAGAUCCAAAAUGUGUUUAAUAUAGAUAUGAAGCAGCUCAACGCUUUGGCUGAAUAAGGACCAGAAAUCAUGAGAUGUGGGUUUUGAACCCGAUUCCGCCUUUCAUUUUCUUAGGACCAAUCACAGCUUGUGCCUCAGAUCAUCCACAUGUGUAUGUCCCUCACUUUGGAACCGACUGUGCCCACGGGGUGAUGCCCUUUGUCUCACUGUUUGGAGUAGAAAGUCAAUCAUUUGGGACUAGUACAACCCAUCACCGCAGCUCUGCAGUUAUUCUACACUUGAUUUCUGUCACUACGUUUUAAUGUAGAAAGCCCUUUAGGGUUUGUGAAAAAUACUUGGGGAUUAUUUCCUAAAAGGUCUAAGGAAGCAGUAGUGUGCCAUGCCAUGAUGUAGGAGCUCUCUUUUGUAAAAGCCUAAACUCUUUGGUACUCAGGAGAUUUCUAAGAAGCCACGUAGAAGGGGGCCAAUUGCAUGAGCAAUUUUUGCAAUUGGAUUUCAAGUUCCCUUUUUGUAACGUCACACCCUUCUUUAUGCUCUCUUUCAAAAAAAAGAGAUAACCUCUUAAUAAAUUUAGGAAAUGGUCCUUACUUUUUAGAGGAAUUGUGCAUAAAACAGCAUCUCUUCCUCAUUCUUCACACGCACUUAAUGUUUUUCCUCCUUGAGUUGGCAGUAGUCCAUGCUUGCAGGGAUCUCAAGGAGUCUUCAUGUGUGAAAUGGUGUUAAGUUGGGAGUUUAGAGCAUUCAACUUUAGCACUUACUUAUAUAGGAGAUGUUUGUUUUAGUGCACAUCCAUGUUGGAGUGCUUCCUUUUCCCUUUUUGAAAAAGACAUUUGGAUAGUAGUUUAAUCUCUCAGGCUGUUCUCCCUAACAUAGUUGAAAAUGAAUAAAAAAUUUUAGAUUAAAACCCAUAUAGUCCAUCCCUGGUGGCACAGUGGUUAAGAAUCCGCCUGCCGGGGCUUCCCUGGUGGCGCAGUGGUUGAGAAUCUGCCUGCCAAUGCGGGGGACACGGGUUCGAGCCCUGGUCUGGGAAGAUCCCACAUGCUGCGGAGCAGCUGGGCCCGUGAGCCACAAUUACUGAGCCUGCGCGUUUGGAGCCUGUGCUCCGCAACAAGAGAGGCCGCGAUAGUGGCCCACGCACCACGAUGAAGAGUGGCCCCCGCUUGCCACAACUAGAGAAAGCCCUCGCACAGAAACGAAGACCCAACACAGCCAUAAAUAAAAUAAAUAAAUAAAUAAAUAAAUAAAAUAAAAAAAAAGAAUCCGCCUGCCAAUGCAGGGGACACGGGUUCAAGCCCUGGUCCAGGAAGAUCCCACAUGCUGCGGAGUAACUAAGCCUGUGCGCCACAACUGCUGAGCCCGCGCUCUAGAGCCCGUGAGCCACAGCUACUGAGCCCGUGUGCCACAGCUACUGAAGCCCGCACACCUAGAGCCUGUGCUCCGCAACAAGAGAAGCCACCACAAUGAGAAGCCUGCGCACCGCAACGAAGAGUAGCCCCCGCUCGCCACAAUAGAGGAAGCCUGUGCGCAGCAAUGAAGACCCAAUGCAGCCAAAAAAAAAUCAAUAAAUUUAUAAAACAAAAAGAAACAAAAAAACCCAUAUAGUCCGAUGACACAGAACCAUCCUUGUCCCUUAGGCCCAAACUUUCCACAGAGAAAUCAACUCUUUUCCUUUGCCUUUUAAGAACUGUUUGGUAUUAACUGGUUUCAAAAUUAGUAAAUGUGAGAUUCAGUUAUAUAAAAUCAGGGACUUUAUUCCACUUGUGAAACGUGUUUGGCCUUUUAGACUCCUUUCACAAAAUCGUAAGCCUACGGACCUUCUUAGAGGACCUUCUGGUAAGAUCAUUGCAUAGAAUAAGGCAGGUGUUUAAAGUUGUAUUUUUUUUGAGUAUUAAAAACUCAUGGGGACUGUGUCCUUAGGUGCUAUAAGUCUGGCGAUAAGCAGUCCAGAUUUCUGAGUUGUACUGUGGUUUUGCCUUAUCAAUAGGAGGCCCUGGUAGACAUUAUGUUUUAAUUUUCUUCUCACUAAACUAGGAGCAAAAUUUUCUGUCCUUUGGAUUAGGAGUUGAAGGUGCAUUUCCCUGGGAGUGUUUCCUACUUUGCUUCAAGAUUCAGCUCAAGCAUCAUCUUCUUUCAGAAUCCUUGUUUUCAUUCCUCUAGGCAGUUAGAGGCUAUCAUAAUACUUUACUCAUGCCUGUAUUAUAUGGUAUCACAUUGCACUGUAGUUAUUUGACUGUUUCUCCUACUGUUCUGUGAGCUUCUUCAUGGGUGGGAAUCAUGUUUUACUUACCCUGAUUUCUCCAUUAUCCAGCACAGUGUCUCACACAGCACGAUGCACAGAAGAAUGUUGGAAGGAUGGAUGGAUGGAUGGAUGGAUGGAUGGAUGGGGACAGCAGGCUUAACUAAAUCCUAUUUAUAGACUGCCCAGCCGUUGACUUCAAGGGGGACUGGACAAGACUGUAAGAAUUGGAUCAAUGCAAAUUCUCACCUGCCCUUUGAAGAGUUAAUAAGAACAUCUUUGUAUUUAAGUACAGCAAAUGUUAUUCAGAUUUUACAGUUAUUUGUUUACCUCUGUGUAGAUGGUAUGAAGAUGGUGUGUAAUGACAUGUAAA